AUGUGGCCAAUUGAGGACUUUCCGGAAAUUAAUGUAUGCAUAGUCAUUUUGUGCCAGAUCUUUCAAAUCUGGAUUGAAUUACAUUUUUGGCAUUCCAUUCAGGUCCGUUCGUAUAUUGGCGUCAUUAUCGCAAUUGUUGGCAAUAUUCUAAUAUCAGUUGCACUGAAUAUACAAAAGUACGCACAUAACCAACUUCAACCCAAUGUCGUUUUGACUCCCACUAAGAGCGCUAAAAGCUUGCAUAUAGACCCUGAAGAGGAAUCCAUUGGUACUCAGUACGAUGCCCGACAUUAUCAACAAAAUACUGCGUCCACAGCUAGUGUAUUGAAUCGUAGCACCAGAAAACAAGGCUACCAUGAUGAUGGAAAUGAUCAUGGCCAAGAUGAAGAAGAGGCAGACACUUUCAGUUAUUCUAGCAGUCAGUCCAGUCGGCAGAGUAGUCUUCACAACUUUCAUCGCAACGGCCAUAUUAACCAUGGCGGCGAUAUGGGUCAGAACGAUACCACUGCGCCUGCAUUAACUGCUCUACAUACUCGUCCUGAAGGACUCGAUGAGUUUUACAAUUCAGAUACAGCAUCGGAUACACUAUACCUGCGAUCUAAGGCAUGGUGGCUGGGCAUGACGCUAAUGAUAUUGGGAGAAUGCGGGAAUUUUCUAGCAUAUGGAUAUGCGCAAGCUUCCAUUGUAGCACCAUUGGGAACAGUCGCACUAGUGAGCAAUGUGAUCCUCGCGCCGCUUAUGUUGAAAGAGCCCUUCCGCAGACGCGAUCUCGUUGGAAUUAUAAUUGCUGUCAUUGGUACAAUAGUGGUUGUGAUUAACUCGAAGGAGAGUGAGGUUAAGUUAACUCCUGAGUCUCUCGUUGCAGCGUUGCUUCAGACAAGGUUCAUCGUGUACUUUGUUCUAUGUUGCAUCCUGGUGGGCGUGCUUGCAUCGCUAUCGGAUACUAUUGGAAGUGAAUACAUUGUUAUUGAUCUCGGUAUCGUCGCUAUCUUUGGCGGUUAUACAGUUUUGGCGACCAAAGGCGUUUCUUCCUUAGUCAGUCUAUCAUUUUAUAAGAUGUUUACUUAUCCGAUCGCUUAUCUGCUGGUUUUUGUCAUGGUGUCGACGGCAGUACUGCAAAUCAAAUUUUUAAAUAAGUCUCUCCAGCGAUUUGAUUCAACUCAAGUGAUCCCUACACAGUUUGUCUUAUUCACCACCAGUGCUAUCAUUGGAUCAGGGAUUCUGUAUAAUGAUUUUGACGAAAUGGAUUUUAACAAGGCAUUCAACUUUUUAACCGGAUGCUGUAUGACCUUCCUGGGAGUCUAUUUUAUUACAUCACAUCGGGGUAUAGACGAUCAACCUACAGCACCAGCUGUUGUGGAUGCGCAUGAGUGGGCGUUGGCUUCUCAAACGCAUUUUGCUAUACCUGUUAAUCCUCGAACUUCGAUUGACUCAUAUGCUACAGGGAGAGCAACAUACUCUACGGAAGUCAAUGGCAGAUCGGAAUCACUCAUGGAACAGGGAUUAGUAGGGCAAGGACAAGGCAGAGGCUCAAUCUCGAGUGCUACAAGAGGAUAUGCGAUCCCUCAACCACCAUCCAAUCGUACAAUAGGAUAUGGAAUCGGAGGCGGUGGAGAAUCGUCCUUGGGACAAACUGACCGAACUCCAUUGUUGGGCCCGUCAUCAAGGCAAUCAGGCUCUGGGACAAAAGACCAAAUUUCAUCCAUUGCAAGCAGUGUACAUAAUGCUCUUGCGACCGUAGGAUCAGCCGUCGGCACUCAUCACACUGCUCUCCUCAGCUUAGAAACAAUGUAUCCUAAUGCCCGCAGGAAUGAAGAGCGUCGUGACAGCAUUCAGAGUCUUGGCCAGGUUCAACUCCCUUCACAACGGCCGCCACUUGGAUCGCGCGCAAGCUCAGCUUGUAGCGGAGGUUUUCCAUUACCAUCCAUAACCGCACGUCCUUCUAGUACAUCGCUGGCUCAGUACGAUAUGAAUAAUUAUGGGACAUCCCUGCAAUCCACACCAACACCUAUGCAUUUUGCACGAUUGAGCAACGCAGGCUUGGCAAAUGAUCCAAGGUACCAAGCAUCUCAUCUACAAGAACGCUCUGUCUCACAAGAUCCGUUUAACAAGAAUCAUCGGAGAAAGGAGUCCAUACCUCUUAUGCCCAAAGAACAGACUAAGAAUGGACCGGUAUCUUCACAAAGCAAAAGUUCUCUAGACAUGCAUGCAGUAGCGACAGCAAAUACAAAUGUACCUUCAAGUGGAGUGGCGGUUCCAAGGCGCAGCGAUGAUCGUCCUGUAUAUCAUCCAGCUUCGGCUAGCGAGCUUGGUUUUGUAGCAGAUGUAUCACAAUCAUUGGACUCUGAGACUUCAUCUACACCUAAAGCUACAUCUACAGCCAAGUAUCUUGUAGGAGCCAUAUUGAGCUCAAGCCCUUCUACGAAUCAUGCGCAAGGAUCAGAAUAUGCUUUCCAAACAUUAAAAUCGCCUUCAACGGACCCUAGCCCUGCAUCUUUACCGCCAUUACCUCCUUCACAGCUACCUGAGGAAUCUUUUUCAUUUUUGCAACAGCAACAACAACAACAACAAAGCCUGUGGAAGAAAAAGAAACAUGAGUCAUUGACAAAUGAGCCAGGUCCCCAAAGCGUGCAGAUGCAACCGACAGGUGUAAAAAAUACUGGCACAGGCGCAAGUUCGAAUACGAGCGAUGGUGUCAACAGACCAAGAAGGAAGUUGAAUGUUUUUAAGAAGGACAAGGACUCUAGCUCGCGCUCAUAAUAAACAUG